CAGCAUGGAGGACUACGAGCAGGAGUUGUAUGGGAUCGAGGACGACUUCCACAGCCAAUUCGCGGCCGAGCUCGAAGUGCUGGCCGAACUAGAAGGACAGAGCCAGCUGCCGCCUGCCAGGACGCCUCAGCCGCCAGUGGGUCCACCACCCCAGCUGACCUUUGAUGAGGCCAUCCUCAGAGGGGAUGUUGCCACUCACCCCUCUCCAGCCAGCUCUUUGCAGAAGGGCAAGGAUUGUGCCAGGAAGAGGAAGCUGGACUUCGAUGACCAAGGGGAUAGGCCCUGGCACCCAACCCCCAGGAUCAAAUGGCCACGGCCUGAGGCCAUCAAGAGGCUGAACUUUGGGUUGGACAGUGAACUGGAGGAGCAGAUGCCCGAUUCGCCACCCCCAGACAUUACUCCCCCACAGAGCCCAGAGGCUCCCGAAGACCUGCCUGGUGAUGGACCCUGGAACCCUGGAGCCAACCUAGGUUCCAAGUUGCUUUCUCUAGCCACCCAUAAUCGCGUCCUGAGGCGGCCACCCAUCCUGGAGGACUACAUCAAUGUGACAUCCACGGGUGGUGACCGGGCCUUCCUGGUGCUCCAUGACGACCCCACGGGCACUGGGGUGCAGAACCCUCUCCAGGAUAUUCGAUGGCGUGGCCGAAGCCAGCUGGACUUACUGGGCAUGCCCUUCGCCUGCCUGAAGGAGCAGGUGGACAGUGAGCGGCAACAGCGGCUGAUAGAGGAGGCCCAGCAACUCUCAGACGUGCUACACAGCCUCAGGUCUGAGGAAGCAGAGGAGGCAGCCCAGCCCAUGGGGACCACAGAGGGAGAGCCGGGGGCGGCUGAUGGCCAGGACACCUCCCAGCACUGCCUGUGGGUUGAUGAGUUUGCACCCCGGCAGUACACGGAGCUGCUGAGUGAUGACUUCACCAACCGCUGCCUCCUCAAGUGGCUGAAGUUGUGGGACCUGGUGGUGUUUGGCCGAGAGAGGCCCGCCCGGAAGUCCAGGCCCAGCAUGGAGCCAGUCCGGGGUGGCAAGGAGGUUGCAGCCCCCGGCAAGUGGAAGAGCCACGAGCAGGUGCUGGAGGAGAUGCUGGAGGCUGAGCUGGACCCCAGCCGGAGGCCCCGGCAGAAGGUGGCAUUGCUGUGUGGACCCCCAGGGCUGGGCAAAACCACCCUGGCCCACGUGAUUGCUCGGCAUGCUGGGUACAGCGUGGUUGAGAUGAAUGCCAGUGAUGACCGCAGCCCCGAGGCUUUCCGCACACGCAUCGAGGCGGCCACUCAGAUGGAGUCGGUGCUGGGCACCGACGGGAAGCCCAACUGCCUGGUCAUUGAUGAGAUCGAUGGGGCCCCCACGGCAGCCAUCAAUGUCCUCCUGAGCAUCCUGGACCGGAAGGGGCCCCAGGAGGUGGAGGCGGGGGCCUUGGGUGGAAAACGGCGGCGCCGGGCAGAGGGGGGGCUGCUGCUAAGGCCUAUCAUCUGCAUCUGCAACAACCAGUUCACACCCUCCCUGCGUCAGCUGAAGCAGCAGGCCCUCCUCCUGCACUUCCCGCCUACGCUGCCCUCCAGGCUCCUGCAGCGGCUCCAGGAGAUUUCCCGGCGGCGGGGCAUGCUGGCAGACCCCGGGGCACUGGCGGCGCUCUGUGAGAAGACUGACAAUGAUAUCCGUGCCUGCAUCAACACCCUGCAGUUCCUGCACGGGCAGGGCCGCCGGGAGCUGAGCGUGCGGACAGUGCGGAGUACGCAUGUUGGCCUCAAGGACCAGCGCAAGGGGCUCUUCGCAGUCUGGCACGAGGUUUUCCAGUUGCCCCGGGCCCAGAGGCGCCACAUGGGCCAGGAUGUGGCCCCUCCCGCCCAUGUGCUUCUGUCCGGGGAGGCCGAUGUGGCCCAGACUUCUGCUUCCCAGCGCUUCCAGCGCGUGCUGCACGUGGCCACCUCUGCUGGCGAGCAUGACAAAGUAGUGCAGGGCCUGUACGAUAAUUUCCUGCGGCUGCGGCUCCGGGACCCCACUCUGGGCUCUGUGUGUUCUGCCCUCGACUGGCUGGCCUUUGACGACCUGCUGGCCCAGGCUGCCCUGCACGGCCAGAGCUUCCAGCUGCUGCGCUACCCCCCCUUCCUGCCCGUGGCCUUCCACCUGCUCUUCGCCGCUGUCCAUGUGCCACACCUGACCUUCCCCAGCAGUCAGCAGGAGGCCCAGAACCGGAGGAGCCAGACAGAGAACCUCAUCCAGAUGCUGGUGUCUGGCAUCGCGCCGUCCACCCGCAGCCGGGCCACACCCCAGGCCCUGGUGCUGGACAUGCUCUGCCCCCUGCUGGACGUCCUCACGCCCAAGCUGCGCCCUGUCAGCACCCAGCUGUAUAGCGCCCGGGAGAAGCAGCAGUUGGCCGGUCUUGUGGGCACCAUGCUGGCCUACAGCCUCACCUACCGCCAGGAGCGCACACCUGAUGGACAGUACACUUACCGGCUGGAGCCGAAUGUGGAGGACAUUUGCCGAUUCCCAGAACUGCCAGCCCGCAAGCCGCUUACGUACCAGGCCAAGCAGCUGGUAGCCCGAGAGGUGGAGCUGGAGAAGAUGCGGCGGGUGGAGGCCUUGGCUCUGACUGCCCAAGGCCCGGCGGCCGAUGGGGGUCCCCCUGGCACCAAGGGUCCUGUGAGGGGUAAGGAGAAAGGGGUGCAGCCCCCUGCCCCCCGCAACCACGAGCAGCGCCUGGAGCACAUUAUGAGCAAGGCUACAUUUGAGGAGCAGCCCGAGAGGGACUUCUUUGGCCGUGUGGUCGUCAGGAGCGAGGCUGCCCCCAACAAGCGCACAGCCCCCACAGAGGAUGCAGCGCCCGAGUGGCGCAUGGGCACAGCGGUGGGCCGCAGCCACGUCUGGUUCCGCUUCAACGAGGGCGUGUCCAAUGCCGUGCGCCGCAGCGUGUACAUCCGGGACCUGCUGUAGCCUGGCCUGCACCGAAAGGCCGGGGUCCUGCCUGCAGGUCUCGAGCCCCACCAGCCUUCAGUCCAUAUGGGGAUCUCUGCUGGGUGAUCAGCCCGAGUCCCGCCUGGACUGGGCCUCUUACCUCACUGGGACCCACAGAGCUCUCCUGUUUGGGGGAGACACCAGCCCCCAACCCUGCUGGCGACCCUGCCCGCCAAAUAAACGUGAACACAGCAG